UUAGCAAUAUUUUCAGAUUAGGCCAAAGACGGACUGCCUUCCGUUUUUGACAAUACUUUGAAGCACCUAAUUUAGUGGGAAACUGAUAGGAAAAUGAUUUCUAGCGACCUCACGGAAUCACCUGUGGAGCGCUCACUUAAUGAGGCUGCGGACGCAGUAUUGAAGCCUGAAGCGAAGCAAAAACUUCGUGAAUCCCUCAUUACUGAGCAAAUCGAGCAGUCUAAGUAUCUCCGGGCCCAUAGCGAAAUCGGUGAGGUAGUUCAAAUCGCUAUAUCUAGACUUCUUAAAGAUCAGCCUCAAGACACGGUGUCGUAUUUAUCGGAUUUCUUUUCGAAUAACGAUCUAGAUUUGCUUGUAGAAAAGGCUCGAGCUGAGGUUGAGGAGAGAAAUCGUAAUGCAAAGCGCCGACCACCGUCUCCUCCACCCUAAACGCCGAAUAUGUGCAUUGGAAUCGUUUCUCCAUAUAGAAAGGAAUUGGGUGAUGGAUAGACAAAGAAAAAGAGAAUAAACAGACAACGUUACGUUUUGCUACCAGUUUGGCACCGAAAUCUGAUGUAGACUAUUUCUCCAUAUCGGAGGUGUUUGA